GACCAGAGAGGAAGAGGAGAGGGAGGAAGAAGAGACACAGCUAGAGGAGUCUCCAUCUUCGCCAUACCAAUCAUGACUCUGGAAGACGACCUCUGAAAUUCUGUUUGGUGUUAAGACUCUUCAGCUACAGGACCAACGCCACACUGAGUUCUGACCAGAUGGAGGUGAAUGCGGUUAAAAAACGUCAUCGCACACGAUCAAAAGGAGUCAGAGCCACCGUGGAAGCAGUGACACAGGAGUUAUUCAGCUGUCCCACUCCAGGCUGUGAUGGCAGCGGUCACGUCAGCGGAAAGUACGCCAGACACCGCAGUGUCUACGGCUGCCCGCUGGCCAAGAAGAGGAAGGCUCUGGAAAAACAACCACUGGAGCCAGCUGCCAAGAGGAGGCCCUUCCUCACCUCCUGCACAGGGGAGGAGGAGGAGGAGGAGGAGGAGGACCCCAGCGCCUACACCAACUAUGAGAAUGAAGCCAUGGAGAUGGGGGAGGAAGGAAAGGAGCAGGGAGAGAUAGUAGAGGAGGACGAGGAGGAAGAGGAGGGGGAGAGAGAAGGAGAUGAAGAUGGCGAUGUGGAGGACGAGUUCUCGGAGGAUAAUGAGGAGCAGGGAGAGGAAGAGGAGGAAGAGGAGGAGGAGGAGGAAGAAGAAGAGGAGGAGGUGGAGGUGGAGAGAGCGGAUACAACCAUUGGGGGAGAGCGGGCGGAGGAGGAGGAGGACGAGGAGGAGGAGGGGAUGUAUGAGGAGGAGGAAGAAGUGGAGGAUGGUGAUGAUGAGGACGAGCAGGAGGAUGAUGGAGAGGAUGAAGAGCAAGAGGAGGAGGAAGAGGAGGGGCAGAAUCGUCAACAUGUAGAGAACCACUACAAACCCAGUGGACAAUCAAAGCUCAUUUCAAUUCAGAAGGACGACAACAACAACAACAGCUGCACCAUCAGCGCCGGAAACGGCACCGGAGAGGAGUACGAGAACUACGACGAGCUGGUUGCCAAGUCACUCCUCAACCUAGGAAAGAUUGCAGAAGACGCUGCCUACCAGGCCAUGACCGAGUCUGAGAUGAACAGCAACUCUUCCAACAGUGCCGGGGAAGACGAAGACGACGAGGAGUAUGAUGGCAGCAAUCAUGGUGACCGGAAGGGUGAACUCAGCGUAGACCUGGACAGCGAUGUAGUCAGGGAGACGGUAGAUUCCCUGAAGCUCUUGGCGCAGGGACAUGGCGCCAUGCUGCCCGAGGACGGCUAUCCAGAAGGCACCAUGGUGGACGAUGUCGGCCACGCUAACGGGCGAACCGGGUUGGGGAUUAGAGGUCAGGCGGAGGAGAGCGAGGAGGAGGUGUGUCUCAGCAGUCUGGAGUGUCUGAGGAACCAAUGCUUCGAUCUGGCUCGGAAACUCAGCGAGACCCAGACAUGCGAUCGUCCCACCCACCAUGCUCUCCAUCACCAAGUCCAAGUCCCAACAGACCAUCAGGGGGUGCAUCACCUGAACAGGUACGACACCUGCCAACAGAGUGAACAGGAAGAGCACAGGUCUCUGGAACGCAGCUACUCCGACAUGGUGAAUCUGAUGAAGCUGGAGGAGCAGCUGAGCCCGGGUUCCAGAGGUUAUCCAACCAGCUGCAGCCAGGAGGGCGACGAGGACACCACAUCGGUGGCCUCUGACCGCUCGGACGAGACCUUCGACAUGGCUAAGGGAAACCUGUCGCUGCUGGAGAAAGCCAUCGCCUUGGAAUCAGAGAGGGCGAAGGUCAUGAGGGACCGUAUGGCCUCAGAGCACUCGUUGUCCCGUCGGGAUCACCAUCAUCAUCGAGGUCAUGGCGAGCAUAGCUCGAGGCUGAGCUGCGCCGGCGAGGAGCGCAAGUCCAGGAUGCACCACGACGGGUUGAAGAGGGCGUACUACCCUAAAGACUCUUCCAGGGGCGAGAAAAAAGAGAGCAAGUGUCCGACGCCGGGCUGUGACGGGACCGGUCAUGUGACGGGUCUGUACCCGCACCACCGCAGCCUGUCUGGGUGUCCUCACAAAGACAGAGUCCCGCCUGAGAUCCUUGCCAUGUAUGAGAAUGUUUUAAAGUGCCCCACUCCCGGCUGCUCUGGACGGGGUCAUGUCAAUAGCAACAGGAACUCGCAUCGCAGUCUGUCCGGCUGUCCCAUCGCUGCCGCAGAGAAGAUGGCGAAGGUCCACGAGAAGAGCCUCCCAACUGACAGCGGCAGUAAGACCAAUCAGACGUCAGACCGUGUCCUCAGGCCGAUGUGUUUCGUCAAGCAACUGGAGAUUCCUCAGUACGGAUACAAAAACAACGUUCCCACCAGCACGCCACGGUCCAACCUGGCCAAGGAGUUGGAAAAAUACUCCAAGACCAGCUACGACUACGGCGGCUACGACAGCCAGCACGGCAGCUACGGAAAGAGAGGCCCGACAAACAAAUCCCACCACGGGCGAGACACCUCUCCAAAGGGUUAUGAUGCCAAGCGCUACUGUAAGACGUCAAGCCCGGCCAGCAGUACGACCAGCAGCUACGCUCCCAGCAGCAGCAGCAGCCUGAGCUGUGGAGGAGUUGGAGGAGGUGGUGGAGGAGGAGGAGGUGGCGGUGGAGGAGGAGGAGGAAGCAGCGCCAGCAGCACCUGCAGUAAGAGCAGCUUCGACUACACCCACGACAUGGAGGCGGCCCACAUGGCGGCCACGGCCAUCCUCAACCUGUCCACGAGGUGCAGGGAGCUCCCGCACGCUCUGGGAGGGAAACCCCAGGACCUGCUGACACAGAUCUCAGCAGUCAACUUGAGCCCAGUUGGCGACCUUGAUGACAGCGGUGCUGUGGAUGUAGCUGGUCAGCCCGGCGGUCCGGAGGGCAGCGGGACAGUGCUAACCCCCCUGCAGCCGAUGUCACCCCAGCGGCAGGCUCUGCUCAGCAGCCGCUGCUACCAGCUGAGCGACACAGACUGCUGGGACCUGCCCGUCGACUACACCAAGAUCAAACGGCUGGGGGAUGAGCAGGACCACAAAGAGUCUGCUUAUUUCUCGUCUCUACACCAGAGCGACGAGCUGGAUCCCUUCCAGGAGCUGCUGGACGAGCAGCGCUACCCAGCUGAGGUCACAAUGCCCAGCCCCAAACACCACAAGUACCCGCCCUGCAAGGAGAGCAAGAAGGAGCUCAUCACGUUGUCAAGCUGCCAGCUGGCCGACAAGAACAUGCGCGGGAUGAUGACAUCCAACUCACAAGAACUCAGGUGUCCGACCCCUGGCUGCGAUGGAUCUGGACACAUCACUGGAAACUACGCCUCCCACAGGAGUCUGUCCGGUUGUCCACGCGCCAAGAAGAGUGGCAUCAAAAUCCUGCACAGCAAAGAGGAUAAGGACGACCAGGAGCCAAUCAAGUGUCCAGUGCCGGGCUGUGAUGGACAGGGUCAUGUGACGGGGAAGUACGCCUCCCACCGCAGCGCAUCAGGCUGCCCCUUGGCGGCAAAGAGGCAGAAGGACAGCUACGUCAACGGCUCGCAAUUUGUCUGGAAAUCUGGCAAGACAGACGGCAUGAGUUGCCCAACCCCAGGCUGUGACGGCUCGGGACAUGUCAGCGGCAGCUUCCUGACGCAUCGGAGUCUUUCCGGUUGUCCCCGUGCCACCUCGGCCAUGAAGAAGGCCAGGAUGAGCGGUGUGGAGAUGCUGACAAUCAAGCAAAGAGCAAGCAAAGGCAUUGAAAAUGAUGAGGAAAUCAAACAGCUGGAUGAAGAAAUCAAAGAUCUGAACGAGUCCAACAAUCAAGUGGAAUCCGACAUGAUAAAACUGAGGACACAAAUCACCACCAUGGAGACCAACCUGAAGUCCAUUGAGGAGGAGAACAAGGUGAUCGAGCAGCAGAACGACUCACUUCUGCACGAGCUGGCCAACCUCAGUCAGUCGCUCAUCAACAGUUUAGCUAACAUUCAGCUUCCGCACAUGGAGCCAAUGAAUGAACAGAACUUUGACACUUAUGUGAGUACGUUGACAGACAUGUACACUCAUCAGGACCAGUACCAGAGCCCGGAGAACAAGGCGUUGCUGGAGAACAUCAAACAGGCCGUUCAGGGUAUCCAGGUCUAGCCCUGACAGAGGCCAAAAUAACAAAUGCAAAGCAAAAACAACAACAAAAAAAAUCAAAA